AUGUCGACGUCUACAGCCACCACCGGUAAUGCUGGUGCUGGGCAAGCGCCGGGUCAGGGCCGACUGGCAGGCAAGGUGUGCAUCGUCACGGGAGGGACACGCGGGUUCGGGGCGGCCAUCGUCUCGCUGUUCGUCAGCCAGGGCGCCAAAGUGCUCGUGCUCGACCUGCUCGCUUCCGACGGCGCCUACGACCCCUUCGCCAUCUCCCCCAUCCCCCGCUCUUCCCCUCCGCAUCCAGUUCCGCAACACUCGACAUAUGCGUUGAAAGCGGACAUCACGCAGCGCGCAGACUGGGCACGCGCCCUGUCCCGCUGCAUCGAAAUCUACGGCUCCCCGCCGACAGUCGUGGUCAACAACGCCGGCUGGACGUACUCGAACAAACCCACCCUGGAGGUUACCGAGGACGAGUUCGAGCGCGUGUUCACGGUGAAUGUCAAGAGCGUGUUCCUGAGCGUCGAGGUCGUGUUGCGCGAGCUGCUCGAGAGCAGCGGCGGCGUGCGAGAUGCGAGUUGGAUCAACGUCAGCUCGACUGCGGCGCUGAGGCCCCGGCCUGGUCUGGUUUGGUACAAUGCCUCGAAGGGUGCCGUCAGCACGGCCACCAAAGCGCUCGCCGUUGAAUACGCCCCACACAAGGUCAGGUUCAACACGGUCUGCCCCGUCGCUGGCAACACACCCCUCCUGUCCAAGUUCGCAGGGAGCAAAGAGGCAGGCGACGCAGUCUCGACCCAGCAGCUGGCGCAGUUCAACGCCUCGAUCCCCAUCGGCCGCCUGAGCGAGGCAAGCGACAUCGCAAACGCCUGCCUGUUCCUGGCCGACGAGGCCAGCUGCUUCAUCACGGGCAUCGACCUCCCCGUCGACGGCGGCCGCUGCGUUUGA